CUCGCCUAAUACCCUCUCACAUGUUCCGUACUACAUUUCCCAGGAUCCGUAGCGCGUUAUUGGCAAACGUUGGAGAAAAAUGAAAAAUUUCCCUGCAGAGUUAGCCUACAGGCUGUGAAGGCCCUUCUCUACGUGGCUUUGAUGGAUUAUGAACUCAAGUAAAGCAACGCGCUACAACCGACUCUCAGGAGGAGCGUCCACUACUGCCACGGUCAACAUCUGCUCAUCUGACGUCAGUAACGGGAUCUGUCUAUUCCCAGAAGAUCCCAGAUUCGGAGUCAGAGCUUCUGAGGACGUCCAGAACAAUAAAACCAGAAUGGAAUCUACUUUUGGACCCACGUUUUCUGCAGUCGCACCAGUUAGCAAAGCUGAGACGACCAGUAAUUACAAACAGCACCGCAGGACCCCUUCGUCCUCCAGCACCCUGACCUACUCUCCACGGGACGACGACGAUGGCAUGCCCCCCAUCGGAACUCCACGCCGGUCAGACUCCGCCAUCUCCGUUCGCUCUCUUCACUCGGAGUCUAACAUGUCCCUGCGCUCCACGUUCUCCCUGCAUGAAGAGGAAGAAGACACGGAGCCGCAGGUGUUUGCGGAGCAGCCCUCGGUGAAGCUGUGCUGCCAGCUGUGCUGCAGUGUGUUUAAGGACCCCGUCAUCACCACCUGUGGGCACACCUUCUGCAGGCGGUGUGCCUUAACCUCAGAGAAAUGCCCGGUGGACAACUCGAAGCUGACGGUGGUGGUGAAUAACAUCGCGGUGGCGGAGCAGAUCGGGGAGCUGUUCAUCCACUGUAAAUACGGCUGCAGGGCCGCAGCCUCGGGCAAACCCGGAGCCUACGAGGUCGACCCGCUGGGCUGCCCCUUCACCAUCAAACUCAGCACCAGGAAAGAUCACGAGGGGAGCUGUGACUACAGGCCAGUUCGCUGCCCAAACAACCCCAGCUGCCCUCCACUGCUCACCAUGAACCUGGAGGCUCAUCUGAAGGAGUGUGAACACAUCAAAUGCCCUCAUUCCAAAUACGGAUGCACCUUCAUCGGUAACCAGGACACGUAUGAAACUCACCUGGAGGUCUGCAAGUUCGAGGGUUUGAAGGAGUUCCUGCAGCAGACGGACGAUCGCUUCCACGAGAUGCAGGUGACUCUGGCUCAGAAAGACCAGGACAUCUCCUUCCUCCGCUCGAUGCUCGGCAAGCUGUCCGAAAAACUGGACCAGCUGGAGAAGAACCUGGAGCUCAAGUUUGAUGUGCUGGAUGAGAACCAGAGUAAGCUGAGUGAAGAUCUGAUGGAGUUCCGUAGAGACGCCUCUAUGCUUAACGAUGAACUGUCUCAUAUUAAUGCCAGGCUCAACAUGGGCAUCCUGGGCUCGUACGACCCUCAGCAGAUCUUUAAGUGUAAGGGGACGUUUGUGGGCCACCAGGGGCCGGUGUGGUGUCUGUGUGUUUACUCCACCGGCGACCUGCUCUUCAGUGGAUCUUCCGACAAAACCAUCAAGGUUUGGGACACUUGCACUACGUAUAAGUGCCAGAAGACCCUGGAGGGGCAUGAUGGGAUUGUGCUGGCGUUGUGUAUUCAGGGGAAUAAGCUGUACAGUGGUUCUGCUGACUGCACCAUCAUUGUUUGGGACAUUCAGACUCUGCAGAAAGUGAACACGAUCCGUGCGCAUGAUAACCCCGUGUGCACACUCGUCUCCUCCCACAACAUGCUCUUCAGCGGCUCCCUCAAAGCCAUUAAGGUGUGGGACAUUGUUGGAACAGAGCUAAAGCUGAAGAAAGAGCUGACUGGUUUGAAUCACUGGGUUCGAGCUCUGGUUGCGUCUCAGAACCAUCUGUACAGCGGAUCCUACCAGACCAUCAAGAUCUGGGACAUCCGCUCUCUGGAGUGCGUCCACGUCCUCCAGACCUCCGGGGGCAGCGUGUACUCCAUCGCCGUCACCAACCACCACAUAGUGUGCGGCACCUACGAGAACCUCAUCCAUGUGUGGGAUAUAGAGUCUAAAGAGCAGGUGCGGACGCUGACGGGUCAUGUUGGCACGGUCUACGCCCUGGCGGUCAUCUCCACUCCAGACCAGACCAAAGUGUUCAGUGCCUCCUACGACCGCUCGCUCAGGGUGUGGAGUAUGGACAACAUGAUCUGCACCCAGACUCUGCUGAGGCACCAGGGCAGUGUAACGGCGCUGGCCGUCUCCAGGGGGCGCCUCUUCUCUGGAGCUGUGGACAGUACAGUGAAGGUGUGGACGUGCUAAAGGAGCCGCCGUGCCAGACAGCGAUGACCACACUACAGCUCUCCCUCACUUCCGACACCACACAGAUCUCCGAUUAACUCAGUCUGAGCUCUACGUAUCAUACGGUUACAUUCAGAUCUCAUCGCUUUCAGAGGACGCAGAGCCGCCAGGACCAGGAACGUGUUUGUUUUUCUGUUUGUUAUUUUUGUUUUUGUGACGUGGACACAAACUCUGGGCCGAAGAACUGGGAUCACAGCUGAAGAGGCCGCUUGCCUUACGCCAAACGGUUUUUGGCCACGAACAGCUUUACAGUGGCCACCGUAACCAUGACGAUACUGAAACUCUGUUUUGUAAAUAGACCGCCUGUUCUGAUCUGUUUGAGCUCCGAGUCAUGAUGCUGCAGGCUCCGUUCUCCGGACAGUGACCCUCUCAGCUUGGAGCCUGGCGUCGACUGGCUACAUAGGUCAAGAAACUUUGAGUUAAUUCAGGAGUCGUAUUACAGAAACUUCAUAACCCUUAGAUCUGAUCUGUUCAGUCUCCAUGACGACUUCAGUGCGUUAGCGCGCUCGGCUAAAGCGUUUGGGAAAUGGAGACUGAAACUUGGGAGCGGCGACGCUCUGAUAAACAGCAGGAGGCGCUCUCACAGUAUUCACAACUUACGGUUUAUCACACUUUAGUUCUGUUUGACCUUUUUUACAUCAGUAACUUCAGAUGCCUGGAUAACUAACUUAAUUAUUUUGAUAACGCAUUUGUAUUUAGCUGUGUGCAGAUCGUCGGUUGCUAGGCAACAGACAUGACAGUUGCUUGUCAUCUUCAGUUGAGUAGUUUAAGGUUUCCUAUCUGGAGAUAAGAUGCUGUAAAAUAAGAUUCCUAAAUUAAGAUCAAAUCUGUAAUACAAAUUUGUGAAAAUCAUAUCUUGAGCUAAAAGAUCUUAACUUAAAACAAAAGAGAGGAAGUUUCUGUAAUACGGCCCCAGGUCCAAAAAGUGAAAAUCCACCCCAGGAUUUUGUUCCAGCUGCCUACACACUUCUGCUGACCAGAGAAGCCAGGUGGUUGGUACAAAAUCCUGGGGAGGACUUUUGCUUACCAGGUUUACAAUUGAAGUAACGCCAACCGUAAAGCCUGUAUGAUCUCACAUUCGCCGUCUGCAUCAAGGUCAGAGGAAGUUCUCUCUGCUGCGCCUCAUGUUUCUUGUCCUCUUUGGGCCAGAUGAGCUCUGCUUCGAGGGGAGGCUGAACUGCAGUGUUUUGGAACAUCAGCGUGAAGCGAGACGUCAGAAACAGAAACUGCAUCUUCACAGCUGGUGAUGACGGCUGGUGAUGACGGCUGGUGAUGACGGCUGGUGACGGCGGCUUUGCUGAUUAUAAGGGGAUCGGUUUUUGACGUUGACGCUCUCGCUGCGCCGACUGUCGUACAGGGUUAAUGUGCUGUCAGCGCGUGUAGAGCAGGACGGGCGACGGCUGAGGGCGUUGAUAACGAGAGCCGCUCCUCUCUCAGCGCUGGACUGCUCCACUCCUGCUAACGUACUCUGAUGCUAACUGAGCGGAUGCUAAUGGGCGAAUGCUAAUUGAGCGAAUGCUAACUGAGCGAAUGCUAAUAAGGUGAAUGCUAAUGAGUGAAUGCUACUGAGCGAAUGCUAACUGAACGAAUGCUAACUGAGCGAAUGCUAAUGAGCGAAUGCUAAUAGGGCAAAUGCUACUGAGCGAAUGCUAACUGAGGGAAUGCUACUGAGCGAAUACUACUGAGCGAAUGCUAACUGAGCGUAUGCUAACUGAGCGAAUGGUAAUAGGGCUAAUCCUAAUGAGCGAAUGCCACUAGAGUGAAUGCCACUGAGUGAAUGCUACUGAGCGAAUGCUACUGAGCAAAUGCUAAUAGGGCUAAUCCUAAUGAGUGAAUGAUAAGUGAAUGCUAACUGAGUGAAUGCUAAUAGGGUGAAUGCUAACUGAGUGAAUGCUAAUAGGGUGAAUGCUAACUGAGCGAAUGCUAAUAGGGUGAAUGCUGAGUGAAUGCUAACUGAGUGAAUGCUAACUGAGUGAAUGCUAAUGAGGGAAUGCUAAUAGGGCGAAUGCUAAUGAGCGAAUGCUAACUGAGUGAAUGCUAAUGAGCGAAUGCUAAUAGGGUGAAUGCUAACUGAGUGAAUGCUAAUGAGCGAAUGCUAAUAGGGCGAAUGCUAAUGAGCGAAUGCUAACAGCCGCUGUGCUGUUCAGCCCUGCAGCUCCGUUCAGAGGAUUUACAGUGUUCAGUUAAGUUUCGGCUCCUUCAUCAUGUUUGUGUGUCAGUGUUGAAAGUUUGGGGACACUUUACAGCCUAUUUUACUCCAGAUGCUCAUGUUUUCUUUGUUGUUUACCACAUUAAAGCCUAAUCAGGUUUACUUAGAGAAAAACAAUGUUACCCGUGUAAAUAUUCGCUCCAGUGAGUGACGGUGUUCGGUCUGAUGAGCGUGAAGCUGAAUACACAGAACAUUCACAGAGCUGUUCACCAUGAACUAAACCUGCACAGUGGAAAUGAAGAGGUGUCCCUAAACUUUUGAUUUCAGCACAUCUGUCACUGGUUAUUCUGCUUCACGCACUCGUUCACGACGGUCACGGAGGACAGACCUCGCCGAGUCACUCUGCGGUUCUCUGCUCUACGGCUAACAUGCUAAUAGAUCAGUUGGAAUAAUUGAAUACUGUAAUCAGUGUGUAGUAAUAUAGAUUCAUUCAAAGCACUUAUGAAGAAACAGUGGACUGAAUUCACAGAAGGGAAGAGAAAAGGUCUGAAGUUUCUCUUCCAGCUCAGAGAGAAGGAAAUAAUUAACGGGUGCCAAUGCUUAAAGGAGAAUUCCACCAAUUUUUCUGAAUUCCUGCAUAAUUCAGUGUGUGGGAUGUAAACAGAGAGAUUCAGAGAGGUUUGGUUUGAAACGGUUCAGAUGUCUUUACAGUGGUGGUGAUAGGAACCAGGGGUCGCCAUGAC